ACCAAUGGCACAAUGUAUAGAUAACUCUAUCUAAGCAUACGCAUGUGUACAAGGCACAUAUUAAAGCUCUCAGGUGAUUUUUCUUGCAAAAAUCCACUUUUACAAAACAAGAAGAGGUACCCACAAAAUAAAGAGCCUUUACAAAGGACACCAUCAAAUGAUUGUCUUGGCUAAAGUCAUUGGCUGCACAAUUGGCUAAAGUCGUUUUGGCUUUCGCUAAUCCAAGUGUUUUUUUUUUCAUUUGGUUAAGAAACAAAUACAUAAUUAGAUGAGUAACAUUAUGUCACUUUUUUACUUUUUACCUAAUCAAUUUAAAAAUUAAAGCCGAUUGCAUUUUAAAAUAGCAGGCAAAAUUAUAAUUGCAUUCAGAUACAUAACUUUAACUUGGUCGUCUCUAUCUUAACAUGUGAUUUACACAUUUUAUCCCACAUUUUAUCCCAUUUUAUCCUUUUGAUAAUACAAUAAAAAUUGUUCCCGGUCUUGUUUUGCCAAAGUGCAUUUGCCAAUAUAACCAUCGCAGAGUGUGCCUCGACUCGUUAUUUCAGUGCAAUUACGAAGACGUUGUAUUAACCCCAGUGGUUUUGAAAGAAUUUUGCCAAGCAAUCACCCGGCGGAAUGUGAGACAAAGGCAGGUGGACAGGGAAUUAUUAUUACUUCAUUACAAACCAAUGAAGGGUGCACCUCACCAAAUGACGAUUCCCCACUUACUAUUAGUUAAGAUGGCAGACUUCAACAACUGCAAAUUUCUUGACCACCAAAUGAUGCACCCUGUCGAAAACAAUGAAGUGCAGUUUUUGAAAUUGUGCUACCUUGUUAAUCGCACCACGUUUAAACUUGUGUAACAGCGUCCGAGGUCACUGUCACUGUUGUGAGUAACCUACUCUGGUCCACAUCGCCUUGUGCAUACCAUACGUAUUUAUAUACAUACAUAACUAUGUAAAUACGCUGGCGUGUGGCCCCAUCAUGGAAAAGUGUCAUAUUUCACGUCACAGUUUCUUGGUAAUUAUGGUGGCAUUGUUGGUGGGAAAUUGUACCAGUGUUUCACUAGAGCAUUCAAAAAUAGGGAAUAAAAGCAUCCAGAAAGCAGCACACAAUGAAACUGUCCGGCCAGAAAAUAAUUGUGUCGGGGACGAGAGGAGCUGUGAAGAAAGUUCAGAAAGUGCGAGAAGCAACACUGGAGGUGAAUACCGUUAUGCCGUCGGGGAAGCGUCACAUGAGGAAGAGGACGUGCUGCCAAUAUCAACCUCCGAUGGUUUCAAACGGGUCGACUUUCUCUGGAGAAAGCGACUUAAGGAUCUCGAGUUUCUGGUCCUUUUUCUCGCCGUGACAGGAAUCCCACUCCUCUUCACACUGGCUGCUCUAAUUCUUACGGAAUCUUCAACUGGCUUCAAUGGAGUGCGAGAAUCCACAAAGUCGGCCGUCGGCGGGUUUGGAUGGGGAGGAGGAGGAGUGGAUGGUACGACUAUGGCCGGGUGGGACGAGCCCCCACAAGAUUUGAUCGCAACCAAAGAUAAAGUCGCUUUCACGAAGGACAUUCUCCGCGUGGCGUCGCAGAGUCUGAAUCUGGCGUCAAACACGGUGGACCUGUUCAAUACGUUGCGAGGGUCGGAUAUUUCGUCUGGGGGAGGAGGGGAUGAUGGGGGCGGGAAUGGAGGACGGGGGGAGGAGCUCGCUGCUGGUGUCAAUAAGGUUGGAGUCUCAAAUAAUGCCAGUAAUACUAAUGAAGGAGAUCGAAGGAGCUCGAAUAUAAGAUUCGUGUCCAAACUUAUCCAGUUGUCAACCACCUCGAUUGGGUUUAUUCUCCAAAUUUUAAACUACUAACCUCACACAUAUGCUGCAUAUAUUUGUACAUACGUAUGCAGACAGACAGUUCAUGUGACAUGGACAUGAAUCAUGUCCCCUCCCACUACUACCACCACACAGCCGAUGCUGUACAUUUACCUCAAUUAUCAAGCGAGUGAUGCGCAGAUAAUAUUUUACUUCAUUCCUAGUACACAUAAAUUUUUAUAUCAAUAAAGGGGCGACAAUAAUAAAAAACGGUGCUUUCAAGUACUUGACCAGUUACGCUGAAACUCAAUCGACAAAUAUUUUCCUAUCAUCUUUAUAGGUUAGACUGCUACUCACACACACUGCUCUCGAUUUAUUUGUAUUCAAGGCAAUACUAUAAUAAAUAUGUAGUACUUGGAUAAA